ACGCUUUCGUGUGGCUGGCCACACUGAAGAUCUUAUGACUUGGUAAACAAUAAAUAAACAGGCGAAUAAUUAUACAGAAAACCUUAGAAACCAGUUCACUGAAAUGAACGCCGUAAUAGCGCUGUGUCACUUUUGCGAGGCGCACGGUCCAUGCGCCAUCUUCUGCACCCAGACGCUGAGGGACACCAAGCUGGAGGAUCUGCCCCUUGAGCAGCAGCAGACCCAAAAGUCCUGCUCCGCCUGCAACUACUCGAUGGGCAAGAACAACAACGCCAUUUACAGCAGGGACACGGAGAGCGGGGCGACAUUUGUGAGCACCAAGGUGGCUGUGCUGCCGGAAGUGGCUAAUCUGGUCAAGCAGGCGGCGGUCCUGAGUUUAAGCAAUGGCACGGAUCCCAGCAAGGAUGGCGAGUUUGUGUUCUUCGGGGAUUCGUCUAGGGGCCACAUCCUGAGUCACACCUUUCGGGUGAGCGACCUUCAGGCCCGCGGCUACUCCCAGCUCUUCUCCAUUAUAGUCUUGAUGAAGGACAAGUACUUCCUGCUGAACAUUAAGCCCUUUCUGGCCGAGCACCUAAAGAAGGUUUCGUCGGAGCUGCAAGCGGCUGCUAAAAAGACCAAGGAGACGGAGGAGUUAACAUACUCCGAAAGGCAGAGGCGUCUAUCCGGCGCCCAGUUCCUGAUGCACACCUCCCGCUCUUUGCUGGAACUCACAGGCGAGGAGCACAUCUUCGCCCAGCUGCACUCACACUUCUCGUGGCUUCUGCUAGCCGGAUCCCGCUUCCUCACCGAACACGUGACCUUUGGCAACCUGCCCUGGCUGCCGCCACAAAGUAGUGGCCGUCCUCCCGCCCAGCGACUCACCUACAACAGCUCCACCCUGCCAAUGAUCGAGAGCAUCGAUGACCCCGAUCUGGAGGAGUUCUUCUCGCUGCGCCAUCUAAAAAGUGUCGUGCGCAAGGAUGAGUUUGCAACCGUGUGCUAUUGCGCUUUAACUGGGGUCAAGAUCGUAGUCCGAGGGGAUCCGAGGAAGACCUUCCGGUUCAUGGUCUGCUUAAAGAAACUGCUACCAGAGCCCAUGCACAAUCUGAUGAGAAUUGAUGCUCAGCAUCAGCACUCCAUUAGCUCCGAAUAUAAGAUCAUAUCCGUGUCCAAUGAUAUAGCGGUGCCCAUGGCCAGUGGCUCUGUUUUUCGAAUUGACUUCCUGGACAAGCACGUCAAUGGACACGAGGUGUCGGUGAAAUGGCCUGGAGAAUUGCCCAGAAAAUUGCCGGACCUCAUGGUAAAACUUUUGAAGGCGGUGGAGGAGAAGAACUUCACAGAACUGGUGCUGAACAAGCAGACCAAAGUGCUCAUUGAAGAGUGGAAAAACAAAGUGACCUGCCUUAACCAUGCCAAAUCCACCAGCGUUCAGGGAAAGCUGAAGAAGGUGCUGGGCGUACAACCGCAGGAUCAGCCGCUGAUCAACUACUGGAGCACGCACCUCCACUAGAAUAGAUUAUAUAUA